CACCACACUGCUCCCGCCACCGGGAGGAGGUUAUAUGUAAUAUCACAGGCUGUCGCUAGGUGUCCCUGUAGUUUGUGCUGGGACGGUGCCGCUCUAGCUCGCCAGCGCCCAUCUCUGUGCUCCGGGCCGGGCUGUUGUUUGGGUCGGUGGUUGUUUUUGCGGGUAACGUUGUUACGCCGCCCGGGGAUGGCGGAGGCCGGGGUGUCGGCUGCGGAGGUCGGGGUGUCGGCUGCGGAGGUGUUGGCUGACACAAGGCGAGCAGGCGAAGCAGAGGCCGAGCACCGGAACCCCGGCUGGAGCGAGUCUCAGUUACGUUCAUAUCAAUUUCAGACCCGUCAGAUCACUCGGCUCCACCAUUCAGAUCCAAGGGCGGAAGAACUCAUCGAUAGCGAGGAGCCGGUAGUUCUGACGGAUACCAAUCUUGUGCACCCAGCGCUAAAGUGGGAUUUGGAUUAUCUGAAAGAAAACAUUGGAACUGGGGACUUUUCUGUGUACAGUGCCAAUAGCCACAAAUUUCUUUAUUAUGAUGAGAAGAAAAUGGCUAACUUUAAGACUUUCAAGCCCAAGUCCAUUAGACAAGAGAUGAAGUUUCCAGAAUUCGUAGAGAAGCUUAGAGACAUAGAACAAAGAGAAGGCAAAGAAAGGUUAUAUUUGCAGCAGACUCUUAAUGAUACUGUAGGUCGUAAAAUUGUGGUGGACUUCUUGGGUUUUAACUGGAAUUGGAUUAACAAACAACAGGCGAAGCAUGGCUGGGGCCAGUUAACUUCCAACCUCCUUCUCAUUGGCAUGGAAGGGAAUGUGACUCCAGCGCACUAUGAUGAGCAGCAAAACUUCUUUGCCCAGAUUAAGGGAUACAAACGCUGUAUCCUCUUUCCACCCGAACAGUUUGAAUGCCUCUAUCCUUAUCCUGUUCACCAUCCCUGUGACAGACAGAGCCAGGUGGACUUUGACAACCCUGAUCUAGAGCGAUUUCCUAACUUCAGAAAUGUGCAUGGUUACGAAACGGUUGUGGGGCCUGGUGAUGUUUUGUAUAUUCCAAUGUAUUGGUGGCACCAUAUAGAGUCACUUAUAAAUGGCGGGACAACAAUAACAGUCAAUUUUUGGUACAAGGGUGCACCGACUCCAAAAAGAAUAGAAUACCCUCUCAAAGCACACCAAAAAGUGGCAAUAAUGCGAAACAUUGAAAAGAUGCUGGGGGAAGCUCUAGGAAACCCACAGGAAGUUGGUCCUUUGUUAAACACAAUGAUAAAGGGUCGCUAUGAUUAAUGCUGGCUUAUUGAGCAGUGACUGUGUGUAUGAGACUGCUGCCGCUUUUAUGAUUUACUUCCGAGAU